UUCUCAGCUGGAAAUGGAAAAGAACAUACGUAGUGAGUUGGGAAUGAACAGGGGUUUAUAUUUAAAAAAAUCAAACAAAUAACUUUAAAAUUGAACCUAGUAAAUACAGGUCAAACUCUAUUCUGUGAGAACCUUAAAAACGUCGGAAACCCUCUCAUUCGACCGGUUCAGUCAGCUGAACUUCGUCCGGGAAUAAAAACCAGAAAACUAUUUCGAUCGGAACCAGAAUUAAUUCCGAAUCAAACAUGGAAUGUUCCAACAAUAAAACGUCCAGUGUUACCAAUUCAGUAUUCCACAACCACUGUGUAAUCUUUGACGAUGCCCUCUCGAUGACAAAGUUCGGAAAACUCAACUAUGCUCUGAUCAUCGUAUCGGGAACAAUUCUUACCUGUUUUCUCCUAGAAGUUCUGGGCAUUAGUUUCGUCAUUCCGGUGGCUGAAUGUGACCUCAAGCUAUCGAACGAAGAAAAAGGAGUUCUCAGCGGAGUAGCGUUCGCAGGAGUUAUCGUCAGUUCACAUCUGUGGGGAUUCCUAGCGGACACUAUGGGCCGUCGAAAGGUGAUUACUCCUACGCUUUGUUUGACCUUCGGUAUAACCGUUCUGUCAAGUCUGGCAACCGGGUUCUGGUCAAUCAUGAUAUUGCGCUUUUUUGCCGGGUUUUUCAUUUCCGGAUCAUCGGCAACUAUCUACGCCUAUCUGGGUGAGUUUCAUAAUAACCGGAAUCGUGCCCGAGCCAUUAUGGGUGCUUCUGUCGUUUUCGGAGUUGGUUGUUUACUGCUACCGGGCUUCGCGUACAUUGUGAUCAAUCGAGAGUGGGCAUUCACGGUUCCAGUACUGGACGUUGUCUACCGUCCGUGGAGAUUGUUUCUCGUGAUUUGCAGCUUACCGAGUCUUAUCAGUGGAGUAGUAAUGCUUGGUUUACCGGAAAGUCCCAAGUUCAUGCUGUAUCAGGGAAACAUGAAGGCGUCGAUUGACACCGUCCAGUGGAUGCAUCGGAUUAAUUCAGGAAAAGCAGCUCCACCACUGUUGAUUGAUUUCAUUCAUCCAGACGAAGAAGACAAACAGUUCGAACAACGUCGAGCUGUACUGAACGACUCCAAAGGGUGCCGACUGAUGAAACUGAUUUGGGAUCAGACUUCUCCUUUCUUUCGGAAGCCUUAUCUGAAAAUUACGGCGAUUGUGUGUUUCCUACAUUUUGGGACAUACUUCAGCUCUCACGGGAUGUUUAUGUUCUUUCCGGAAAUUGUAGAUCGAAUUGCGGAAUCGACGGCUGCCGGUAUCAACCGAACUACUGUGUGCAAUGCAGUUUAUAUGCAAACUGAACUGAUCUAUUCGGAUGUCACCGGUGUGCAAGAUUGCAACCAUCAAAUGUUGGACGUUUCCUCGUACAAACUGACGUUUAUACUUCAAGUGUUCGAUGCACUGGGAUUCGCACUGAUUGGUGUUCUCAUAAACGUAGUAGGCAAGUUAUCAAUUAUGUUGUUUGUGUUUGUAACUUCUGCGAUAGCCGGAGCGUUGAUACUUCUGGUGGACAUUCCACUAGUCGGUAUAUCACUUUACAUCAUACUGAUGUUGUCGAGCUUUAGUGGAUGUGUGGUCAAUGCUGUCAUCGUGGAUUCAUUUCCAACUAAUUUGAGGGCUAUGGCAGUCUGUACAGCUUUAAUGUUUGGUCGCUUAGGAGGAGUAGCAGGAGCCAAUAUGCUCGGUUUGCUGCUGAACGAUCACUGCGAGUGGACUUUUGCAAUUCCUUGUACUAUUUUGAUCAUUUGUGCUGUACUGUCAUUUUUUAUACCAAAUAUCACUCUGUGCCAACAAAAAAAUGAACCAAGUCCGACGCUACCGACGAAAGCAGUAAGCUAAUGAUAGCUAAGAGACAAUGAUUCAAGCGUUCACAACCCGACACUGACGUAUUAAAAGUUUGGCUGUGAAAGUUUA